GGGGUGGGUAAGGUGUCAGGAAGCCGUCGCCGCGGAGGGAUCCUGCCGCCAUGGUGGUCUUGAGGAGCAGCGGCGCCCGCCGCGGGCCGCCCUUCGCCGUCAUGGACUCCAGCUCCGAGUUCAUCUCCCUGCAGCCCACCGCGCUCGGCUCCCGCCGCACCUGGACGCGCUCGCAGAGCUCCUCGUCCGCCGCCGGCUCCAAAGGGAUGGAGAGGAGGGGGAGAUCGGCUAGAUUUUCCUCUGGCAAAAUGGAAUGUUUCCAUGGACACUGUUUAAGACCAAUAAGAAAAAACAUCACUGUGCAUUCAGAUUCCAGCUUUGAGACAAGUAUGGAAAUAUUGAGUGAAAAUGUGAAUAGGAGACCCUUUGGAAGGCAAUUGACAAAGACAAAAUCUGACCUGAAAAAAAGAAGAAUAUAAGGAAGUCACAAGGACACUGAAAAUGAGAGCUGAUGCAAAAGCUGUCAAACAAAUCCAUGAAGAAAAUGGGGAUCUGGAGGUCCGACGAAGCCGUUACGCUGCUACAAAUCAGUCUAUUCUCUUUGAUGCACUUAUAACAAAUACUGCAGAAGCAGUGUUGCAAAAGAUGGAUGACAUGGAGAAGAUGCGUAGACGCCAUAAAAAGGGCUUGGAAGACUUUGGGGUGUUCAGCAAUGCUGAAGAAAACCUUGAUAUGUAUUCCUGUGGAAAGAAGGAAAUUGAAGGAGGUGAUGUACCUGACAAUCAACAAGAGCUUGAAGUAGCGUCAUCAGAAGAAAUUGAGGGUAAAGAAGAUGGUGGUGCUGAAGAUAAUCAAAAGCGUUAUGAGCUCCGACAGAGGAAAACUGUUGUGCCCUACCAAGCUCCUUUGGAAAGACCGAGACAACGCAAGAUACUCUUUCCCAGCCUACGGAAACGGCCUAACAG